AGAGAACCACAGAACCACCAAUGGCGCCCACCAAGAAAAAGGGCAACUCCAGCGCCCGCCGCCGCAAAAUGGAGGCGUUCCUCCAAGACUUCGACAGAGAAGUGGAGCGGCGGUUGAAGCGGAUCGAGGCGGACGGGGAGCGCAUGGUGCAAGAAGUGGAGCACAUGUACGACAUGGCCAUCCUGCGGCUGCCGGCCGCCAUCCGCGACGUGAACUGGCUGGAAUUCUUCGCUCUAGCAAGAGGUGAAAACACGCCGGAGGAUAUGGCUAAGGGAGACACGGAAAUAACGAAAAUCCCCAGGCUGGGCGCAGACAUCAUCGAUCCCCUGUUGGAUAUUGCUGAGAAGGUGAGUAGAAUCAAAAGGAGUGUUGAAGGUGAUGAGGAAGCAGAGCCUCCAUCACUUCCACAGCAGAAGAGAUCUCGACUUGCCAGCCAAUGUCCUUCAGAGACUGAGAGUGGGGAUGCAAGGACUGGCAAGGUGAAGGCAUCUGCCAAAAAACCACGUGUGGCCAGAAGACCUCCCUCAGCGAGAGUGAAGGGCAUGAACAAGAGAUCAAGCAAAAACAGCUUCAUCACUCCAGCUUCUGGCAGAAUGGUUGAUAUGUGUGCUCAGGGAGGCACCUCCAUGGUUACACCCAGAUUUGAUCCCAGGAUGUUCAAGACGCCGGGGCUGCGCACUCCCGCCAUCAACGAGCGCGUUUACACCUUCUCUGCCAAGGGCAGCCCCCUGGCCGAGCCUGAGGAUGUCAUCCUCACCCUGCCCCUCGGUGGGGGAGAGAGCAUACGUUUGACAGAAAAGGAUCUGACCAAGAAGAAUUUCCUUCAGCUGAACCCCAAGGCCCAAGGGCUCAUGCAGAAGCUGUCAGUUUGUCUCACACAGGCUUGCAGCCAGGCGAAAAUGCCCCAAGAUGGAAGUCAGUGAGCAAGACUUGUUUUAAUCUUGUUUUAAUUUGUAUAUUUCUUUUAUUGUUAUACAGAAUGGAAGCUAAAAACUAGUCAUUUUACCUAUGGUGUGUAAUGGGAGAAAAAUGAAUAGAACUUUGCCAGCCAAUGUGAAUGAACUUUGAGAGAGAACUUUGGAGAGAAAUAAAAUUAACUGGAAAUUUCAUUUAAGGUUGAAACCAUGACGCUUCUCUUGGGCUUGCAGAUUAGCAAGUGGGCAGAAAGCCUGAUGGUUGUCAUGUUAAGAGCCAUGUUCAGAGUAAAGAACUCUGCUUCUCUCUAACUUUGUCUAGAAUUUUCUUUUUCUAGAAAAAAGCUUGUUUCUUGGUAAGCUGUUACACUGUCCUUGCUUUAAGCCUCUUUAUGGGGCUAUAAACAAGGAUGUUGAGAUUUUGAAACCUUUUCUAUAUUUCAAAAGUUCUACUUUUGGCAAAACCAGGCCUGCACAUGGUUAAAAUGGAGAUAAGCUGCAAUCAGAGCUCUUUGGUGCAGGGUGUGGCAAAGCUUAUAGAACAGCAUUUAUACAUUAAUUUCCUUUUGGAGAGCAAGCAUUUUAUUGUAUGGAAGACCUCAUGGAUUUGGAAAACUCUCUUUGAGAGGUUUGAGCAGAUUCUGAGUCCUAACUGCAGGUGGCAACAACAUAUCCCAUUCAGCUCCACAUACACCUGCCUUGCUCUGCUGUGCACAUAUUAAUUAA